AUGAAUCCCGAUCGACGAAACGGCCGGCCCUCCUCGUCUGGAGAGUCCUCCAGCAGCCGUCGUGGUGGGUCAGAUGACUUUGUUCCGCGACAGAAUGCUCGACCUGGAUACAUGACGGUUGGCGGCGGAAGCACCACAAGCGACGCCGCUGCCCGUCUCGUGUCCAUGUUGGACGAGGACUCCGGUUAUGGCGGAAGUAUGCAAGAUGGCGAAAGCAGCGGGAUGAACUGGCGGUCUAACGUUGGCGAAGAUAGGCCAUCACCUAUGUCUUUUGCCGGGUCAGGAAACGCCGAAGUCGAGAAACAGCGCAGCCAUGUGCUCCAAUUGCGAUACAACCAGAACAAAAACGCCCUCGGCCGGGCGAUCGCCGGCACCAUCGAGACAUUGAAGAGUUUCCAAGAAAUGAAUCUGAAAUGGCCGGCCCAUUACCCCUCGGUACAGGUGGCCGAAAAACAAAAGGCGCACCUUCGCAGCGAAUCUCGGCCUGGACUGCAGCACACGCAGUCUGCGAUUGGCAACUUCGACCCCGAUAUGCGCUCUCCCGAACGACCUCGAGGACCCCGCCGGGCGGGCACAACGAUUGGAGAUGACCCCGCCGCCGAGUCGAGCGCUGCCGCCGAGCAAAAGCGUAGAGAAGAGCCUCGACUGGUUACGCCCCAACUUGCUCACGAUUUCUCCGUUCUGAAGUUGGAACUGCGCAUGGGCGGCCGAACACAGACAGACUUGGUACAUUCGCUGGAGAAGAACUCUGUUGCGUCUCUCCUCGACGGCCAGAUCCAACAGAGCAUACGCCACCUCUUCUCUCUCAAGGAACGUAUCGAAGAUACGUCAAGCAAGGUCCUGGUCACGGGAGACUUGAACGCUGGAAAGUCGACCUUCUGUAAUGCCCUCCUCCGACGUAAGGUCCUGCCCGAAGACCAGCAGCCCUGCACGAGCAUUUUCUGCGAGGUUCUUGACUUCCGGGAGAACGGUGGUGUCGAAGAGGUUCACGCAAUUCCCAUCGGUUCGACGUACAACCGCAACGACGAAAGCACGUACGUUGUAUUCGAUAUCAAGGACCUGGAGAAAAUUGUCAUCGACAACGAUCAUUUCGCACAGUGCAAGAUCUACAUCAAAGACAUCCGAGAUGUUGACGAAUCACUUCUGAACAACGGAGUGGUCGACAUCGCUCUCAUCGACGCCCCGGGUCUGAACGCCGACUCUCUCAAGACCACCGCCGUGUUCGCUCGCCAAGAAGAGAUUGAUGUCGUCGUCUUUGUCGUUUCUGCUGCGAAUCACUUCACCGAGUCCGCUAAGAACUUUAUCUUCACCGCAGCGCGCGAGAAGGCAUACAUGUUCAUGGUAGUCAACGGCUUCGAUACCAUUCGCGAUCAGAACCGUUGCCAAGAGAUGAUCUUAAAGCAAGUUGCUAACCUCAGUCCGGCCACCUUCAAGGAGUCCAGCGAGCUGGUACAUUUCGUUUCUAGUAACGCCAUCCCCAUGGGUGCAGGUGGGAGCCCCCCUGAUGACGAUGGUGACGACGAUCCAUCCGACAAAGGAAAGGGCAAGGAGGCAGAGAAGCAGCGCGACUUUGCCGAUCUUGAGGCUUCGUUACGACGUUUCGUGCUGGAGAAGAGGGCCAGGUCUAAACUUGCACCCGCAAAGACUUAUCUUCUCAACGUACUAGGAGAUAUGAACAACCUAGCCACAGUCAACCGAGAUGUGUCUCAGAGCGAAUUGGACCGCGUCAAGAAGGAGAUCGAAGCGCUCGAGCCUGAGUUUGAAGAGUCCAAGAAGUCACGGACAGAAGCUGGAGAGGCAGUGGAUCGCAUGGUUGAAGAUACGACGUCAGACGUCUAUGGCUACACUCGAGACACGCUCAACAACUGCAUUGCCAGAGUAGCUGAACAGGAUCUUGGCAUCGAUUACCCUGGUCUGUUCUCAGCAUACCAGUACGCUGAGGACAUCAGGGACUCGAUGCUCCACGAGGUCACUGAAAGCGUCCGUUUGUGUGAAGAACACGCUCGAACCCAAGCUGUGCAGGGCUACAACGGCAUCAAAAACUUGGGUGUCCUACAUCUUGGCAACAACUUGUAUGCCGACGUCAUGUUCCGUCCGGAGAGGAUGUUCAGGAAGUCAGUGCACGCUCUUGCUCGACAAGUGGAUAUUGAUAUUGAUCUGUGGGACUUCUUCGACAUCGCCAGUCUGUGGGAACGUCAGGAGAAGGCCGCUGGUGCCGGUAUGGCCAUGACUGUUGCCGGCGUAGUAGGUGGCAGAUUGGUCGGCGGUGUCGGCUGGGUAGACGGUGCUCUUGGUGCUGCAAAGGUCAUGGGCACAAGCAACAUGAGGAGACUGAUAAUCCCUGGUCUCAUCGCUGGUGCAGUCGCUCUCGGAGUAUCAUACGUACUGGCGUCCGUGCCUAAAUCACUACCUCACAGACUUAGCGCGAAGCUAUCUCAACAACUAGCGGCGAUCGAUUACACACACUCCAACGCCCUUCGCAUCAGCUCCGAGGUUCGGCGCGCACUCAAAGGCCCUGCUAACGAUGUACGCAUCGGUCUGCAGAGGAACGUCGAAAAGCUCCAGCUCCAGAAGGAGGAGACAACCAAGCUCAAGGCGGAAACUGAAGUUGCACGCAAGUACUUUGGCAACCUUGUCCGCAGCAGCAACGACUUGCGCCAGACGGUCCAACGCGUUGACCUGGAGGCAGCGCCACCAGUGAUUGGCGGACCGAUGCAAAGAGACCCGAGAUCCUUUCUCUUCUUCAUAAUCCUCUUGCUGCUCAUCAACUCGCCCGAACCGCAACAGCCGACAUUCAAUGCGCGCACACGCUACCGAGAGCUCAUCGAGCGCGAAUACUACCAGCUAGAUCUCUUGAAUCGGACGCGAUACGGCGACUUCAGCGAGAAAAAGGACAAGUGGCUGAAUAUCACUGGGCUGAGGGAUGAAGAUGGCUUUGCAUGGGAGCUACUGGACCCUGUGAGGCAGAAAGCAAAGGCGCAGUCAGAGCGCCUUCUAGGAGAUGGGUGGAAGGGUAUGCUUGAUGGCUCACUGCAAGAGGGAGAGGCUACUAUGCCGGUAUACAAGAAUCUAUCUGGUUACGUACAAGGAGAAUGGACGCGCUCGCCGCUGAGUCGCAUACGGCACCCCGGCGAUAUGGGCAAUGCCUCGGCCAUCCCCGAUCCCUUUGGAAAUCUGGUAGAAUAUGACAGAAACCUAACCGGUGCAGGCGGGCCGUUGCGAAUGCACAUUACAGAGCUGGAAGAUAGGAUGCGGAGGAAUGAGAACAAGACCAUAUCCGAGAUCAGCGCGAAAGUGAUUAUUGGAGACAAAGACAGCUUUGGAGGGAAUUGGUGGGAAUUUGUGGCACAUGGUGUCCAUUUCAUGAAAAGCGGGACUGCGGUUCUGACUACUACGAGCGAUCGGUUCGCGGGCAUCUUCGCUUUGCCUCACCUGCAGGUCACGCCCUAUUUCUACUCAACAUCGCAAGAGUUCCUGAACUGGACCAUACAUGAGACUAUUGAACGGCAAGAGAAGAGAGCUUUCCCGCUCUGGAAUCCCUGGACAUCUGCUGCAGAAGGCAACAAUGAGGGCAUGUUCCAGGGACACCAUUGCGAAUUCGUCUUGUAUCUUCAAGAGUUCCCAAGUCAAUCUAACGUCGACAUGGACUGGCUCGAGCACGAGCUCCGGUUUCCUACUGGAGCUCCUGUCCCUCACGAUGUUCCACAUGCCAUGUCCAUGGUGGGCUUCUCGCCGGAUUGCGGUUUCGUUAUUGAGUCAAAGGGUCCUCCAGACUUUCCGCCAUCGGAGGCUAUGCAUCUGGUCGGUUCUAAGACAGAAGACUUCAAUGUUCGCGCUAGACACGGUAUCCUGGCUUUCGCCAUCAGUCUUGCGUUCCAGCUUUCCUUCACUCUCAAGCAGAUGAAGGAGACAGCAACGCCAUCAAUGCGGAGUCGAGUCAGCUUCUACACCAUUGCUAUGAUGGCUCUGGGCGACGGCUUCACAUUUCUGAUCCUCAUCUUCAUGUAUUUCUUCCUCGGUACAGCACAGUUGGCGCUGUACAGUAUCGCAUUCAUAGCGCUAUUUUCCGUACUGACCCACCUCCGCUUCCUGAUGGACAUCUGGUCCGUACAAGCAGCGGAGAGGGCGCGUCAGGAGCGGCAACGAACUCCAGCGGCUACCACAACGACGCCGGCUCCAGCUCCCGAGGCUGCUACUUCAGCACCAUCUGCCGAUGCCGGUCUGCCCUUGCCAGCAACCGCCGCUCGACCACCACGUCCACCUACUCCCAUCAUCAUUGCACCAGAUCAAGACGAUCCGGAUGAAGAUGUCACACCAGGUCCGAACAAUGCGCCCACGCCGACCAAUGCCACGACAACGAACGCAAAUCCGCGAGCUGAGCUUGGUGCAUUGUAUAGCCGCUUCUGCCUUAUGCUUAUAGUCCUGUUCUUUGUGACUAUCCACUUCGGUACUGCUCGCACGACAUAUCGUGCUGUCUAUUUCGACGUCAUGACGUUUCUCUACCUGUCUUUCUGGAUACCGCAGAUCUAUCGUAAUAUCAUGCGCAACUGUCGGCGAGCAUUACGCUGGGAUUAUGUUGCUGGAACAAGCAUAGCCCGCAUCGCGCCUGUAGCAUACUUUUACAUGAAAGAAGACAAUGUCUUGUUUUCAAGAACGGACUGGAAAGCCAUGGGCUUCUUGGCAGGCUGGGUAUGGAUGCAAGUGGUGGUGUUGGUGAGCCAGGAGGUUCUCGGCCCACGAUUCUUUGUCAGAGACGGAUGGGCGCCGCCAGCAUACGACUACCACCCCAUUCUACGCGAAGACGAAGAAGGCGCAACCAUGCCGCUCAACAUCACGACUUCGUCGGAAUCACCAUCUACAAUUGAUGCUUCGGCAGCAGAGGGUGAAACCACCAAAGCAUCAGGCGAGUCCAAAUCCAAAGGCAAGAAGGUUUUCGACUGCAGUAUCUGUGCCAACGACAUUGAAGUACCAGUCAUACCUGCUGGAGCUGAUGAGAGCAGUGUAGCUGGCAUGGGUGGGACGAGCAUGAUUUUGCAAAGGCGACAGUACAUGGUGACGCCUUGUCGACACAUCUUCCACACUGGAUGUCUCGAAGGGUGGAUGAGGUAUCGAUUGAUGUGUCCAAACUGCAGAGAGAGUUUACCGCCGUUGUAG